AUGUGGCACCGCCGUCUCACGGCUCAGUACAGUCGGAAGUACACGGUGCCGCAACUGCGCGCAGCCAUUAAAACCCGCCUUGGCUAUGACCCACCAAAGUCAAAGAGCAAGGAAUACUAUGCCAACGUGAUGAUCCAGGCGGACUACACGAUCUUCCGACUUCUCGACCUCCCAGCAGAGAUGAGAAACCAGAUUUACCGGCAGCUGCUGACGAUCGGAAGCGGCAAGUUAUCGACUGCGAUUCUUCGAGUGUCAAAGCAGGUGCACUCUGAGGCGCGUGCGAUCCUUUACAACGACAACGUGUACAAGCUCGGCAUCUCAAUCGAUCAUCACCUCGAUUUGACACACGUCCACCGCAAUUUCAAGACCGGGAACUUGUCGGUCAGCACUGCAGACAACCGAGAGCAGCAACUCCGCGAACCUGACUUUGUUCGAAUGGAGAACACAGCACAUGUCGCUCGCUUCAAGCACAUCAGCCUCACUCUUGCAUUCCACAAUCGCAUACGCAUCCCUCCCAAGGCUAAAGACGACGAACGAAUGUGCAAUAUAGUCUCCCGGACCAUGAGCCAGCAUCUCUGGCCUCUGGUCAACUUUCUCACCAUAUCGAAGCAACUCCGAACGCUAGAAGUCGUCGUGGAACAAACCGACGUUCAACUCUCGGAAGAGCUCAUGGGCAAGGCUCUCUGGCCGCUUUCGUUACUCGGCCAUGGUUUAUCCAUCAAGUUUGUGGGAAUCAGCGAUCAAAUGGCUAAUGACCUGCGUUCCGAAGUCGGGAACACUCCCUCGCCGGAACCUGGCAUGAAUACCGAUCUGUUGAAGGCCCGAAGCUAUGCUCAAAUCAUCGAAGCCUUGCAACAAGACAUGGCAGACGCCGAAUAUGGUAUCAACGCAACACCAAGCCAGCGCGAUCAGUACGAUCUUGGCUUGUCGGACGAGAUGCAAGAAGGCGUCAAGAGCAUUGGCAAGCUCUUCAAUUCAGCAGAGUUUGCAGAUGCAGAGAGGGUCAACGCAAUCACCAAAGGCACCAAACUGCUUCAGGACUCUAUCGAGGAUAAGUCUCUACCAACACACUUACUGGCCAUCAUUGACAAGUUUAAGAGGAGCGAGGGCUACGAGCUCCGGCCUGAGCACGGUCGGGCAUCUCAGCGCAGCACUCAGCAUUUGGAAAACCAGAUUCGUGAAUGGAGAACUCAGCCCUGGUGGAAUAAAAAGUGCUGGCAUGGACGACAUUUAGGAUUCGUCAAUUCUGCAGGGACAGAUCUAGCCACCGUUGGAAUAAUCGUUCCAGCGAGGCAUGACUCUGCUAUACAACUCGGGAAGCGCAUGGCAUGUCGCAAACAGGCGUGUCUAGCAAUCGAAGGUGUAGGGAUGGAGCCUUAUGAGACUGGCAUGAAGCGGCUUUUAGAGGCUGUUGGAGAUUUUGUUUUUUUUUCUUUUCUCAGGACUGACCAAUGGCGCGUGGAAGAUGAUGCAUUCUCUUUUUGCAUGGAGUCGACAGAUGUACGAGACUUGGAGCUCCAUCUUACAAUCGAGAAAAUAAUUAAUUUCAUGAAGAAAACAAUUCCAAAACAAUCGGAUCAAACUCCCCACAAACCACAUUCCCAUCUUGAUCCAAUUCCUGAUUCUUCCCACUCCCAACAUACCAAACAUUAUCCCCUCCACGAGCCCAUACUCACACCUCCACUACAGGUUAAAGGACACACCACUCUUCUGGGUAUAGCUAAAUACGAGCUACAGUACGGAGGAGCAGAUCUUUUGCAAGCCAUUCCUGGACACUGCGCUCUGGCAGCAACAACGCAUAGGAUGAGCGACAGGAAUCUCGAAAGCUUAUGGAGAAGGAGGGCAGAGAGGCAGAAGUCUGCGGCGUCCAUCGUGACAGCAAUUUGGUAG